GGAAGUCUAAGGGAACGCGGCAGAGGCCGGGAGAGGAGGCACGGCGCACGGCGGGGAAGGCAGAGGUGUCAGGGGAAGGACAGGGCGGAUUCGGCACCCACUGCCGUACCGCGGGGCAGCCGACCCGGCCCGCCCGCCGCGCUCCGCCCGCCCUCUUUCUCUCCCGCCGGCACCAUGGUGGACAGGGGCCCCUUGCUGACCUCGGCCAUCAUCUUCUACCUGUCCAUUGGGGCGGCGAUCUUCGAGGUGCUGGAGGAGCCGCACUGGCGCUCGGCUACCGACGACUACAAGCGGCAGAAGACGGAGCUGCUGAAGCAGUUCCCUUGCCUGGGCCAAGAGGGGCUGGACAAGAUCCUGCAGGUUGUGUCAAAUGCUGCUGGACAGGGCGUUGCCAUCACUGGGAACAAUACUUUCAACAACUGGAAUUGGCCUAACGCUGUGAUCUUUGCUGCUACUGUCAUCACUACAAUCGGUUACGGAAAUGUUUCUCCAAAGACACCCUCUGGGCGUCUCUUCUGCAUAUUUUAUGGGCUCUUUGGAGUUCCUCUCUGCUUGACAUGGAUCAGUGCUCUGGGGAAGUUCUUUGGAGGACGUGCCAAGAGGCUGGGCCAGUUUCUGACAAAAAGAGGAGUAAGCCUGAGGAAAGCACAAAUUACGUGCACAGCUAUUUUCAUUGUUUGGGGUGUCCUGGUCCAUCUGGUUAUUCCUCCCUUUGUCUUUAUGGUGACUGAAGGAUGGGAUUACAUUGAAGGCCUCUAUUUCUCAUUCAUCACUAUCACCACCAUAGGAUUUGGAGAUUUUGUUGCUGGUGUAAAUCCAGAUGCAAACUAUCAUGCUCUUUACAGAUAUUUUGUUGAGUUAUGGAUCUACCUGGGGCUAGCUUGGCUUUCACUCUUUGUUAAUUGGAAAGUCAGUAUGUUUGUGGAAGUCCACAAAGCAAUCAAGAAACGGAGGAAAAAAAGAAAAGAGUCAUUUGACAAUCAUCCUCGGUCUAAAAAACCCCUUCAAAUGGGUACAUCAAAGGAUGUCAACAUCUUCAGCUUUCUUUCAAAGAAAGAAGAGACCUACAAUGAUCUUAUUAAGCAAAUUGGGAAGAAGGCCUUGAAGACAAACAAUGACAUAAUCAUUAAAGUAGAAAAUGCCAAACAAAAUAUACAGAAUGCCAGUAUAGACGCCCAGGUGACUUACACAAAGACUGAGUCAUUUGAAUACAAUGAGGUUUCUCUGGACAUUCAAAAUGGUCAUGUACUGAGACCCCUGCACGACAAGCAUCUUGGAGACAGCCCUCUGGAAGGAACCAUGUUUGUAAACCAGCUAGACAGGAUUAGUGAAGAAGAAGGUGAAGUGUGGGACUCCAGAGACUAUCGGCCCUUAAUAUUUGAGAAUGCCAAUAUAACAUUUGUAAAUGAAGAUGAUGAGGAAGAGGAAGAUAUCUCGGAUGAUGAGGAAACAUCAAAAUCCUCCAUGGAUGAUAAUCUCGCAGAGGAAUCUGAAACUGCGAAAAAACUGGUAAAAUUCCCAUCUUCAGAUGAAUCUACAUUUACCAAUAAUGAGCUAGAACUUUCUGUGCCUUAUGAACAACUGAUGAAUGAAUAUAAUACAGUAAGCAACGUGAAGGCUGCAACGUGACGCAUUUCUGACAAUGGUUUCCUGAAAGUGGUCAGUGCAUAUUGAACAAAGUAACAGAGCAAGGAGAAAAGCAGAUUUUUGCAGCUUCUCCUGUCUCUUUGAAAACAAAAGCAAGUCCCAAACUAAUGAGUGCCAGUGUUCUUUUCCCAUCCUAACUUGGUUUCUAAGCCCAUCAGCUUUGCUUACCUGAAAAACUUGUAAAAUAACAGUUGAAUUUGGAGUCCUGCUUCUUGGGAUUUUAUGGUUCUUGAACAAAGUAGAAAAGACUGGUUAAUACACUGGACCUGCUCUGGUUUUAUGCAUUUCAUUGAGGAAUAAGUUUGGGAGUAUAACUCUACUGUUGGCAAAGAGACUGUUUUGGGCAUCAAAUGUGUUCGGUUACUUCUUUAGCCUUUCACCUCUGAAACCUGGAUUUGAAUCCUGCUUUUUAUCACAAAUGACAGCAAGGCAUUUGCUUGCUCUUUUUUUUUUUUUUUUUUUUUUUUUUCCCCCAAAGUUGCCCAUUUUUAGAUUGUUACAAAAAAAUGGUGCAACCACUAGUUAUUCUUAAUGGGAAGCUUUAGAAGGAAUACUGGGACACACAAAUCUGAGCUGUGCUGACAGACUGAGGAAUAAGCAUCUGUCUAGACUAUGUCAGUGCUUGUCAAAUGAUAGUGAAUUGUAAUUUUAUGUAUUAAAUAUUAAAAUUAAAUUUCAAAGGAACAGCUUGAGAAGGAGCCCUCUACCAAGGAAGAAUCAUCUGAGAUGAAGCUCACCAGUUGCACUGCUAAACUGCACAUCAGCCCCAGAACUGUUAUAAAGUGACUGGAAGACCUAUGUGUGAGCACAAGCAGGAUACAAUGAAUUUUUUUUCAUGUUGAAAGUGUCCUUCCGCUGUCCGUUUCCUAGAGGAAAUACUUGAAUGAACCAUAUGUUAUGUACAGGUGAAGUUUUAUUGACACUGUUCUUCUGAGGAAAAAACCUCCUUGGGACACACAGAUAUUCUCCAGAUGCCCUGAUGUGUGUCAGAAGGGACCUGUAGCACUGCUGCUGAUCUGUGCAGUGUGUCAGUCAGUAUUGUUAUUUGAUGUUCCUCCCUGCCUUGGUACUUCAGACUAGACUUGAAUGAGAGAUGAUUUUUCAAACAGUUGAUUACACUUUUCUUAUUUGUUUUAAAGUAUGACCUAUGUGCAUGUACAAUGGUUAUUUUAUCCCACUUUGAAGAAGGCUGGGCAUUGUCAAAUCUUGGGCAAACUGAGAUGUGAUCAAGUGACUUAAGGCCAUAAGGCACUUUUAAAAAGGAACUUUGGCUCUAAGCUCCUGAAAGUAUUAUCCUUUGGCUUGGAUACUGGAUUCUCAUUGAGAAGGAAGUAUGUCUCUUCAUAGCAUUUAUGUCCAAAUUGUUUUGGCUGCAAGGAAAAUUAUACCAUGUUUUUCUUUUUCUUUCUUUUUCUAUAUCUAUGUGUUAACCGUGACAACUCUUUCAAAUGAGGCUCUUGAUUACAUGUUGGCAAAAGGUACUGACUUCAGCUGUAUCCAAUAUACUUGGAACAGAAAACAGCCAAGACCUUUGAACCUUAACGUAUCAAGUUCUGUUUAGUUUUACAGUAUUUAAGUAAUUCCAGUAUGUCUGAAAGUUUCCAAAGUUGAGUGAACAGUUAAAAGUUGUCUCAUACUGAUUUUCAGUGUAGUGCUGGCAGACUCACUAGCUCUGUUAAGAAGAGUUUAUGGAAUCUUGCAGUACUAAUCUUGAAUUACUAGAUAUUUCUAAUAACUGAAAAUUGCCUGCAGCUCCAGUUGCUGGCCUACUCCACAGAAGGAGGAGGACAUAUGGGAAAUUGGCUCUCUGAAUGGAUAGCCUGUUGAGAGGAAGUUUUGAAGUCCUCCACUGUGAUACAAGGGAGGAAUGUCUACUCAUUUCUCUUCAGAGUUUUCCAUGUGUGAUUUUUUUUUUUUUCAAAUAGAAAGUGAACACAAGGCUAGGAUCAACUCUGUACUGGCAAUAAUGUGGAAUCAACAUAAUUGGAUUUGGUAGUAAUCUCUAUUUUAUAUCUCUGAAGAGAUUUUAGUUAGAAAUAAAAUUUUAUUAUGUUACAGCUAUUUGGAGCAGGGGUAGGUUGAUGACACUGACAUGUAUCUGAUAGGAAAGGGGGAGAGGCCCUAUAGAGAAGAUUUUGAUUUACUUCUAAUUGACACCCCCAUCCCCGUAAUUUUAAAAUUCAAAUCCUUCAGGUGUCUACGUAUCUGAAGGGCUGUGGUUGACACAUACCUUGUAACUGUAAGAAAUGGUAGGCUAGACGACAUGCAUGAUACACUGGAUGCUUGUGUAGCAAGCCUAACUUUUUUUUGGUUUUGUUUUUGUUUGUUUUGUUAACUUAAAAGAAAAUAAGAAAGCCCUCCACAUAGCUUUUGUUGUCCUCCAACUUGUCUUCCAGUAUUGAUACAAAGAUCAGAGUUCUAGUGACAAUUAGAAAGCUACGGGACAAUAAGGAGAGAAAGGUUUGCUGAAAGUGCCUGAAAUGGAAAAGCAUGGAUCAAUAUUCAUUUAAAAAAAAACCAAAACCAACAGAAAUUUCUCUUUAAUACAGAAAUAAUACAACCCAGACACUUGGCUUGGAUGCUUUGAUUGGGAGGGGAUGUUGCACACUGGAACCCAGACUCUCCACUCUGUAGUGAAGUGCACUUACACACCAGCGCUGAGAAUGUUUGGGAUCUGUUUCAUAUUAUCAAGUUAGAUAUGGCUCUCUGGCCUUUCCCAGUGUAGUCAGCAUAGAUUAUAAGUCUGCAUAAUAAGUAUCAUGGGAUUUAAAAUAAUAGUUUAAAUUUAUUAAAACAAAGUACAAUAUUCCUGCUUUUUUGGGAAACAUGAUCACACCUCACAAAACUGUCCUCAAGACAUCCCACAGUGUGCCUUAAUGUAAUCCUAAGACUGGGAAAAAAUUCCUCUUUACACAGGGGCCAACACAAUUGGACUUGUUAAGCCCUACUUGUUUUUUUGUGUUCUGGAGGGGUUUAGCUGGUGCAUAGCUUUCAUACUGGCGCUCUCCAAAAAGUUGGACCAUUUCCCAGGGUUUUUGAAAUUAUGGUGCCAUCUCAGAAGCGCUGAAGUGCUAAACAAGACAGCUUUUGCCUGCCUGUCUUCCAUGUCUUGAGAAAAAUAGCUGCCUGGGGGAUUAAAUUAAUGUCUUUCUGCACUCAGAUUUACACAUAGGGAGUUAGAGGAGUGUCCAGUCUGAAUUUUCAACUAUUCAGCCUCAAAAGUGCCUGAGUGAAUUUCCCAGUGCUACCUAGUGAGGUCUUGUAGUUAUUUCAGUUAUCUGGUAGAUCUGGAAACACUUUAUUUGGAUGCCAUGUAAAAUUUCAUUUGGCUAACCAAUAAUGUUAACAGCUUUUUUAAUGCUGUGGGGAGUUAGUUUUGUAGGUGAGACAGGUCUCAUCUUGCACAGAAAGGAAAGGGGAUUAAAAAAAAACACAAAGAAAGCUUAAAAGCACAUACAGGAAAGGCUUAUGAAAUAGAAGUGAAAACUCUUCUUUCUAGCUGUUGCCUAUAACUAGGUUGUGUUUCCAGACACACUGUGUGAAGCAUGGGCCCACUUCCACAAAAAAACCUUUUAAAUUUUGCUAAGAUGAGACAUCACUUUAAGAAUUGAAAAAAACCCAGCAAGCUUCUGAAAUGUGGCAAGAGAAGUCUAUUCCUAUGAGAGCCCUUUUUAGUGCUAUAGACUAUGUGAUCCUAUCCUUCAUGAUGACAUUGUGACACCUCUUGGUUUUGUCUUGUGCUAUUAAAGUCAAUUUUUACCUGAAGGGCAUAAUUUUCAGAUCCAGAUCUCACAGCAGACAGUCUAACACAUCUGAUAACACUGGUAUGAAAUUGCUGAAGAAAUACAAAAAAUGUGUUGUUUCUGGACUAAAGAAUGGAGUUGUUUCUGAGCUAAUUAUUUUGAAUCUGUUGCUGGCAAUGGAUUUCACAAAAUGUGCAGAAUUAAAACCAUAGAUUGAUUAACAGAUUGAUGGUGACACAGUUGUAUAUGUUGAGAUUGAUUUCUUUUUCUCCGGUUGAUCUGGGAGAGUAUGUGUCGAAAUAGACAAGCGUCACUGAUGAGGACAGCAAAAAGCAAUAUACAAGUCUGUUGACCUAAACAAAACAAAAACAAAGACUCUGUUGUAGACUUGUAAUUUUUGUGCCUCGUGGGUUUCAUUCCAUUUACGAUGGAUUUACCUUAUAAAAAAUUAGCUUGUCUUUCAUACGGCUUUUGAAGUUUGUACAGUUCCAAGUCUUAUCACUCCAUAAUAUGCCUGUCUGUCUGUUCUUUGUUGCUGAUUGUCACUGAAAUCACACUGUAUGUAAAUAUUUGCUAAGUCUUUGUAAAAUGUAAUUUAUUUUAAUAUUUUGCAAUAAAAAUUUUACAGUUUAUCUUCUCUGUCAUGAGGAGAAU